AUGGCUGCCGCCGUGUCAGACCAGUUCAUUGCUGCCUCGGCGGCUAACAGCAUUCCCGAAGAGUCCAACCUCCCCUCAAUCGCCCCCUCACUCACAUACUCCGAAGACUCGGAGGACCAGGAUGAGUUACGAGUCUCAGAAGAACCGCGGAAACGGCGCGCAUCCACCCGGUUAAUAGCCCAGAGUGCUACCGAUAUACAGAGGAUUACCGGUGAAUCCACCCAGGAGCUCAUCAGCCGAUGUUGCGGCGCUGGCUGCUGUAUGAACUUUCAAAAGAAGAAGCUCGGAGUUGAAUAUGAACAAGUUCCUCUUCCCGACAAUGAUGCCUUCCGCUCUCUGGGGUUAAGGAUCAAGGAAAUCCCUACAGUUUUAACAGGCAUCACCGACAUGCCCGAACAAUUCAUAUUUCUUGAGAAGCACCAAAAUCGGCGCUCAGAGACAUCCUCACCUACUGACUCGGCCAUUUCAUUCGGGAAUGACAUCAGUGAGGAGACCAAUAACUCCAAGACAUUGUCCCAAACCCUCCAGAAAUUGGAUAUUGAGGACCUUGACACCUCCAUCCAGCCCCCGUCCUUCGUUCAGCCACACCCCCCUUAUCACGUCUAUCCUGCAAAGAUCCACAAUACAAGAGAAUUGACCAAGCCCGGUGCGGAAAAAAGAACUUUCCAUUUCGAUCUUGAUAUUACCGACUAUCCAGAUGAAGAUAACAAUGAGUUCAAGGUUGGAGGUGCCAUUGGUGUUUCUGCCCCCAACGACGCCUCUGUUGUGAACGACGUUCUCGACCUAUUACUAGUUCCUCGCUUUCUUCGUGAUAAGCCUGUGUUAUUGCGGACCACAAAGGGCCGGUGGCCAACUGUUUGGGGUCAGGAUAAGGCAAGAGAACUUGUGACAACACGUCGGGAUAUACUCACCUGGUGCUCGGACCUUCAAUCAUACCCCCCAACAAAGCCCUUAUUACGUGUGCUGGCCGAAUACUGUCAUGAUCCUAACGAGAAGAAGGUUCUGCUGUUCCUGUGUUCCGGAGAGGGACAAGGCGUUUUUUGCGAUUUCCGCACCGGACCUCACAUCUCCAUCUCCCAGAUCCUCAGUGCUUUUCCUUCUUCCAAGCCUCCAAUGGAUGUUCUCCUUACUGUCCUCCAACCUCUAAUGCCAAGAUUUUAUUCCCUUUCCAAUGAUCCACAUGAAUCGUACGAGAUUCGAGACGGCAAGCAGCAUCGCAUCAUCGAGAUAGCUGUCACCGUUCAUGAGACGGCUGACUGGCGUGGUGGGAAUCGCACUGGUGUCGGCUCGGGUUUCUUUCAGCGUCAAGCUCUACAGUUCCAAGAUUUGCAGGCUCGUGGUGAAAAAUCGUUGGAGCUCUACAUCCCCAUGUUCAAGGGAUUAAUGGCCAACCCCUUAGCCAAGCAGUUCGUUACGGACGGACCGAUGCUCUUGAUUGGAGCCGGUGUGGGCAUCGCACCAUUCCGAGGCUUUGUCCAACGACGACUCAAGAACGCCAACUGUGCCAACAAGGUGUGGGUUCUCCAAGGCAUCCGCGACUCGCUUGUCGACGAACUGUACAGCGGUGAGUGGGGUGUUCACGAAGACGAGGUCAAGCGUGUAAUCCAGAGUCGGCGUGGCGAGGGCCGCUACGUCCAAGAAGAGGUUGUUAACCAAGCGGACUUGGUUUGGUACAUUAUCAACUCUCUCGAUGGACGCGUUUUUGUAUGUGGGAGCAGUAAGGGCAUGGGCGAAGGAGUUGAAGAGGCACUCAUCAAAGUCGCAAUGGCCAAAGGCAACUUAGAGCACGCCGAAGCGAAGAAGUUUUGGGAGUUGAAGAAGGUAGUGGGCCAAUAUAUUGCCGAGACUUGGUAG